CAUGAUUUCCCGGGGUGUCUCAUUGAGAGAAGGAAAUAUGUAGACGGAGAAGAUGAUCCUGAAACCCACUUUACCAUACUCAAAAGUGUACCGGGUCAGAGUGCAUAACCGAUGCAUAACAGAUGAAAUGAACAAUCCCAAGUCAAGACUUGCAUGUCUGUCGGAGUAGUAGUGCUUUAAAGGCAUCUGGAGGAAGGCUCUGCAGGCAGGGUAGGAAGUCGCUAAGCAGGGCCUGCCACAAACCCCCAGCUGCACUGAAGCGCAGAUGGAGCCGGAACUGGCCCCAGAAUGCACGAUCCCGGGACGUAGUCCAAGCCCCGAGAGCCCACGGAAGUUCGGUCGCCAGGGGGCGCUGAGCAAGUCCGGGAUCGCAGAAAUCUCGCGAUUAGCGAGACUAGGCCUCCCGGAAGUGAGACCUCGGAAGGAGCAUGGCCGCUCUCCUCACCUGACCAAGCUCUGCUGGCCGCCCGGGACACCAUGCAGUCAGAUGAUGUAAUCUGGGAUACGUUAGGAAACAAGCAAUUUUGUUCCUUCAAAAUAAGAACCAAGACUCAGGGCUUUUGCAGAAAUGAAUACAACCUAACUGGACUAUGUAAUCGGUCAUCCUGUCCCCUAGCUAACAGUCAGUAUGCUACUAUCAAAGAAGAGAAAGGACAGUGCUACCUGUAUAUGAAGGUUAUAGAACGAGCAGCUUUUCCUAGGCGUCUCUGGGAACGGGUCCGGCUUAAUAAAAAUUAUGAGAAAGCACUGGAGCAAAUAGAUGAAAAUCUGAUUUACUGGCCCCGUUUCAUUCGACACAAAUGUAAGCAGAGAUUCACCAAGAUUACACAGUACUUAAUUCGAAUUCGAAAACUUACACUAAAGCGACAGAAGAAACUUGUUCCUUUGAGUAAGAAAGUAGAGCGGAGGGAAAAAAGAAGAGAGGAAAAGGCAUUAAUAGCUGCUCAGCUGGACAAUGCUAUUGAAAAGGAAUUGCUGGAGAGACUGAAACAAGAUACGUAUGGCGAUAUCUACAACUUCCCCAUUCAUGCCUUUGACAAGGCCCUGGAACAGCAGGAUGCCGAAACUGACUCCUCAGAUGCAGAGGAAAAAGACGAUGAUGAUGAUGAUGAUGAAGAUAUGGGAAAAAGAGAGUUUGUGGAAGAUGAUGAAGUGGAUGAGAGUGACAUAAGUGAUUUUGAGGAUAUGGAUAAACUGGAUGUCAGCAGUGAAGACGAUCAGGAUGAUAAAUCCUCCUGUGAAGAAGAAAAAGCCCUUAAUGCCAAACACAAAGGCAAAACACCCUUGAAAGGACCUUUGCAGAGAAAACGUGCCUACGUAGAGAUAGAAUAUGAACAGGAGACUGAGCCUGUGGCCAAGGCCAAAACUACGUGAUUUCCCUUCAGACAUUUAAAAACAGGACUAAACAUUUUGAACAACUUCUUUCGUUUGUCUUAAACACAUAUACACCUCCAGUUUUUGCUCUGUUUGUAUUUGACACAACAUUUGUGGGUUUUUUUGUUGUUGUUGUUAAUAUUUAUGCCAUUUAUAGGGCAAGAAAUCUGGGAGUGGAAGAAAGAACUUUGUUGUGAACAGAAUAUUUUUAUAACAUUGGCACAUGUGUUAAAGUAACAGCUUGAGCCCAAGAAGUUUAACAGAUGAAUUUGUGGGUGUAAAUAUUUUUAAACUUUAAAUGCUACUCAAUCUGUUUUCUUGCUGUGUGCCCCCCCACUAUAUUUAGAAAUGUCCAAACUUCUCCUUUUCCUAUUAAAAUAAAUAAAAGAAUAAAAGGAGGAAAAGGAUCUUCAAAGUUAUAAUAGUGUAAAAAUACCUCUUUCCUUAAAUAAUUCCAUUUAUACAACUGAAAUAGAAAAAAGUCCUUUCCUCUUUAGGGAGGUGAUAAAAAUUUUAAGUUCCAUGGAAGGGAGUGUCUUCAGAAGCCUGCCGCACUCUUAUGAUACAGUUCACCACUGUGCUGUCAUCACAGCUUUGGGCAAUUUUGGCCAGGAGACCCUGAAUCAUCAAAACAAAACAAAGAUAGACAUUUCUUAAGUUAUUAUUUUUCCCCCCAUUUAGUCUUGUUUCUUUUUUUGUACCGUAGUUAGAGAAGGAAAGAAUGGAUGACACACACACAUAUCACAGGAUAGGCUAUUGGCAUGCUGGGAAAUGUCCUACUGGCCCAUGAAAAAGCAGCUUAAUGCUAACCAAGCCAUAUUAGAUUCGAUCUAGGAUUUAAACUGCCUGAGACUAAAGAGCAGACAUGAAAUAAAUGAUGAAAUACUAAAUUGUACUAUCUCUGAAACAUUUUUAGGAUAUGAAUUCCAUUUUAUGCUGCUUUAUAGCUUUUAACAGAAGAUUCCUAAGUCAAGAAAUGAGGCAAUAACAUUUAAAUAUAUAUAAAUGUAGCCACGAAGUGCUAUGGCUUUAAGAAGUUAACUUUUGUGGACUGAGAGAACAAAGGAAGAGAAUUCCCAGGUAUUCACUUGACAUAUAUAACUUGACAGUAUAAAUACAAACAAGAAUUUGGAAAAACAGUUGUCCCUAAGAAACUGGGGAAAAUUUCUGGUAGCUACAUUACUUAAUCUAUGUUAUUAUUCCUUAGUGACUUUCAACCUGUUAUUUCAGCUUUUUAUCAGAGGACUACAACAGAACGUAAAUUUUACAAACUCUUGACCAUGAUUCUUUUGUCUAAACUCUGUCCUAGCCGAGAGACAUAGGAUCCUCUUGCUUUCUGGUCUAAAUGAUUGUUUUAAAGGGGCAAUAAGGAAUUGAUGAAGCUAUUGAUGAUAAGACUCAAAGGGGGAAGACCUGUACCCUCUUGUUCACCUACAGCAUGUAAAUACUAGAGUACAAUUGAUCAUAAGAAUUACUUAAGGGUAAUGAGGCCUAAAUGAAAAGUUGCAGACUGUCCCUUACCUUCACCUGUCCUUGAGAACAGUGGUCCAGCAAAAUCAUGCAGUCUGUUGCCGCCUCUAACAAAUCAUUCUUGACAGGCUCCGGUGUGAGGCUUGAAUCCCUUGCUACAUCACAUACCAGUUUCAAAAGCGCCUUCAGUAAGACCACAAGUCUACAGGAAAUCCUGGAAUCAAGAAGAAAAGCUGCAUCAGAAUAUUAAAACCAAAAGAGAAUACAAAGACCACGUAAGUUAAAGCCCGCAUUUCAUAAGUUGAGGAACUGACGUCAAAAAAGCACAAAGCUGGAAGCAGAACUAGAGCUCAAACUCCAGAUGUCUUAACUUCAAGCCCCCUGAAACUUAUUUUUACUGCAUACUGCCCACAUUCACAAACAUGGCCUGCUUAAGAAUACCUUGUGAAUACAAUGGAUACCUGGUUUCCCUGUGAGGAGAUAGUUCCGAUGAAAGGAAGAAUUCAAGCUUUUGGCUAGAGACCAGGAGGUGGUCCAUAAUCCUUAAAGUGUUAUGCAGUCUUAGGCUUGGAUGUUAAAAGCAAAGUAAGGGAAAUAAGCUUGGCUUCAGGUACAUUUGUGUCCAUUUGAGUUUUCUGUCAUUUAAUUUCAGAUCCUACCUUAUUAUCAGUUAAAUCCAACAUAUUUACUUCUACUUGUUAGCCUUAGCUUUUAUCUUCAUGAAAAAGUUCUGGAAAACUGGUUAUAGGCAUACAAAAUUGUGAAUGUAAUGUCACUGAACUGUACACUUAAAAAUAUUUAGCAUAUAUUUUUACCACAAUAAAAAAAAUUCUCAAUAAAAUCUGAAAAAUUUACAAUGUGAAAAUAUGCAUAGUAAACCGUACUUCCAGAAAUGUGAC